AUGCCGCCAGAAUCAAGAAAUACGUGCAUCUCUUGCACCAACACAACAAAAGAUUGCCAGAAUGUGUUAAUGCAAGUCAUACUUGCUCUUGAGAAUGCAUCGGAGGUUUAUCGAAAAUUGGUACCUUUUGUGAGGAAAUCCCAUGCGAGACAUGCAUUGGGACAUGAUAUGUAUGUGGUAGAGGGACAGUUGAGGAGAGCGUUACAGAGACUGUAUAAGGUUGAUAUUGCGGAGGAUGAGGGGAGAGAAAUAUUGAGUAAGUUGGUGGGGGAAAAUAGGAGUGAGUGGUUGGGAAAUCUACCUCUUUUGGGAGUGAUUAAGGAUGAGAAGACAAAGAAGAGUGGUGAAAUGGGGGGGAGAGUGAAGGGAGAGAGCGGAAUGAAUUUUCCAAUUUUGAAACUCGAUGCUGGAUUUUCUGAUGUCAAGGUUCCGUUCAUGGAUUCGGCGGUCGAUGUCAGGAGUCCAGGGUUUCUUGCGGAGGUUCUCUUGGAUGAUGAUGUUAUGGCUAUUCCGGAAGAGGACUGUGAGCAAAAGGAGAUUAAUAUAGAAGGGUGUAUGGAACUAACACCUGUGCCGACUCAUCUCACUCCUGAAAUUCCUUACCUGCUUAAAGCUAUUCGUCUAUGGUUAGAAGAAUUUUUCGAAUCAAAAGAUGAUUCUAUAGCUAUUCCAUCAUCAAUGGUAUGUCAGCUUUCUGAGUUCGAGACAGCCUUUGAACUGGAGAGAUUACCAACAACAAGUUGUAUCUGGAAUUCCGAUUAUCAAAGACAACGGAAAGAGGUAUGGACAAUCACAUCAUUCUGGGGACCUAAUCAACGAUCGAAAUGUAUAUGUGUACCUGAGGAACCCGAUGAGAAUAUUUUGACACAUUCGAAUGAUUCUCAUUGUCCGAAGAACAUGCCUCCAGAUUUGGAUUCGCCAUCAAGAAAUUAUGAAUGGGAUUACAGGACCCAUCGAUGGAAUACUCGUCGGGGGCCUAGUUGCAGAAAAGGUGGGCCAGCACCACCUCCUGAAUACUCUAGGCAAGACGAUAGUGCAUCUGAUGCCGGAUCAGAUUCAGAUUCAGAUUCGGACGAACAGAUUGCCGAGAGGGUUGAAAGAAGUAAAAGGGAAAGAGCGGAAGAAGGAGAAAAGGCCUGGGAAGAAAUCAUGGGUAUGACCGGUUUGAGGAAAGUAAAAGAGCAUGUGAGGAAACUCAAGGCCAAAGUUGAGAGUUCGAUUCGGCAGAAUAUUGAUCUGGGAGAAGAGAGAUUUGGCGCAGUUUUCAUGGGCAAUUCGGGGACUGGAAAAACGACCAUGGCUAGGAUUUAUACUAGAUAUCUGUAUUCGAUGGGAAUCAUCAAGAGAGAUGAUAUUCUCAUGACAACAGGUACAUAUCUUUCAGAUGGAGGUAUUGAAAGAACGAAACGAUACGUUGAUAAAAUAGCUGAUGGCGGUGUGAUGUUCAUCGACGAUGCAAUGACUUUAGACGAUUAUAGCAAUGGAGGCAAGAUUCUCGAUUUUCUGUUCCAGGAAAUCGAUCAGAAGAAAGGAUCUGCGGUUUUUAUUCUGGCGGGACACGAAAAAGGAAUGCGUAAACUGUUAGGUCAUGGAACAAAGAGUGUUGCCAGUCUUCUUCCCAAUGUUCUCACAUUCGAUGAUUUCACAGAGCCUGAAUUACUUGAGAUUCUCAAUUCGUGUAUCAAGAAGAAAUUUGACGGAAAGAUGGAGGUUGAGGGUGGUAAUGAUGGGCUCUAUAUGCGGAUUGCGGCGAGGAGAGUUAGUAGAACGAGAGGGGGCUCUCAGUUUGGUAAUGCUAGAGCUGUGGAAAAUCUUGUCGCGCAGAUCUGGGAGAGGCAGUCUGCUAGAUUGUCUAAGAUUCGACAGGAGAGAGCUGCUAAGGCUGCGGAAGAUGAAGCUGCAAAGGCGAAAGAAAGCGACGAGAAAACGGGAGAAGAGAAGUCAGAGGAAGUGAAGCCGACCGAAGAGAGUACUACUGGCGAACAGACCGCCGGAAACAAGCCGCAAGAUGAAUCUCCGAUAGAAACAAAUUCUGAGACAGAACAAAAAUCUGACACUGAAGAGAAGGCAGCUCAGGAAGCAAGUCAGGGAGACAAAAUAGAAGCAGAUACUGAUCCAAACGUCGUUGUUGCGAAGGAACUCGCCGAUGUACGGAAAGACGAUAAAGUUCCCAAGAGUGAGGAGACAGAGGAAGAAACUGGGAAAUCGCUACGCGAGAGAUAUACCAAAGCGGAGGUAUUGAAGAUCCCAGCCAGCAAUAAUCUUGGCAGCGAAAUGAAAUUGAAAGAAGAGCCUAUCAUCGUGGUAGUUCCAGAACCAACGAAAGCGCCGAAGUCCUUAGAUGCAAAUUUCAUAGAAGAGGUCAAACCAGAAGAACCAAAACCGGAUGAAGAUACUUCUUUGUCCACGAAAGACGAAGUAGUUUUAGAUGAGCAGGCAUCCUCGAAUGGAAUAUCCCCAACGGACAUACAAGUCGACAAACAAUUAGAGACAAAGUAUGAAGACUCCUCGAAAGUCGAAAAUAGUACUGAGAAUAAAGCUGAGGAGAACGAGAUCCCCAAAGAGGAAAAGUUGGCUGAUGAAGCACAAGAGUCGACCGACAAAGAUUCAGAUUCAGGAUCAGACACAGAAGAAACCCCAGCAAUUGAUCCAGAAGACCUUUUAUUUACAAAAGAAGAUAUCCUUGGCCCAGAUCCUUCUUCUGCAAUUCUAAACAGCGAGGCUUGGCAAGAACUUCAAAAGCUUAUUGGGCUGGAAAAGGUUAAGACUUCUCUACUUACACUCCUCGAGCUCGUCAAAUCAAAUUAUCAGCGAGAGCUCGAAGAGAAACCUCUGCAUCAAUUUACCCUAAAUCGCUUAUUCUUGGGCCCAGCUGGAACUGGAAAAACAGUGGUUGCGAAGUUGUAUGCUAAGAUUCUUGGUGAAAUUGGUGUUCUCUCGAAGGGCGAAGUCAUUUUCCGUAACCCAAGUGAUUUGAUUGGACAAUAUAUUGGAGAUUCUGAAGCCAAUACCAAAGCUGCGCUUAAUGCCGCACGAGGCAAUGUGUUGGUCAUCGAUGAAGCAUACAUGAUGUACAGUGGGAACUCCGACGGUACUGGAAAUGAGAGCGACUCAUACAGACAAGGAGUCAUUGAUACGUUAGUUGCAGAAGUGCAAGGAAAUCCUGGCGAUGAUCUAUGCGUUCUCUUGCUGGGAUAUAAGGAGCCGAUGCUGGAGAUGCUUAAUCACUCGAAUCCUGGACUGAGUCGACGAUUCCCUAUCGAAAGUGCAUUUUGCUUCGAAAACUUUUCGAUUGAUGAACUUGAGAAAAUCCUCCGCUCGAAAUUAGAUUUCCAUGUUCUUGAAGCUACAGAAGAAGCCAUCAAGGUUGCUAUGGAUGUACUUCAGAAAGCCCGAACGAGAUUAAACUUUGGUAAUGGUGGAGAAGUGGAGAAUUUAAUUGCAACUGCGAGAACUAAUUACCAACUGAGAACGUCGAAGAUUCCAGUGGGAGAAAGAUCCGGCAUAUGGGUAUUCCAACCGGAGGACUUUGAUCCUGAAUACGAUAGAGGCAGGUCAGCGAAUGAGAACCUUCAAAAACUCUUUGCCGAUGUCAUUGGGUGUGAGAAUAUAGUUAAACAGUUGGGACAAUACCAGAACGUGUGUAAAGCCAUGAAAUCCAGAAACAUAGAUCCAAGACAGUACAUUCCGACAAAUUUCGUCUUUAAAGGACCACCAGGAACUGGCAAAACAACCACAGCACGAAAGUUCGCAAAAGUAUAUUAUGACAUGGGAUUUCUUUCCGACGAAACAGUCAUCGAGUGCUCGGCCAGUGACCUUAUUGGCAAAUAUAUUGGACAUUCAGGACCAAAAACAGCCAAAGUUCUAGAGAAGGCUCUAGGAAAAGUUUUAUUUAUCGACGAAGCGUAUCGUCUAGCACCUCAUACCGAAAGCCACAGUUUCACAUCCGAAGUCGUCUCAGAGCUCGUUGAUCUCCUCACAAAACCCAAGUUUCACGGAAACUUGAUCGUCAUCCUCGCUGGUUACGAGGAUGAAAUCAACUCCCUAUUAUCAGCGAAUCCAGGCCUCGCAUCACGAUUCCCAGAUGAAAUGAACUUCCCAGCUUUGACGCCUCUACAUUGUUUGCAGAUUUUGGAAAUCAAAUUAGGGCUUGCGGGGAUUACUAUUCCGAUACUAAAGCAAACUGAACAGAGAGAAUACGAACAAUUAUUGCGAGUGAUGACGUUUCUCACAGCAACGCAUAGCUGGGGUAAUGCUAGAGAUGUGGAGACAUUAGCAAAGGCGAUUUGCAGAACCGUGUUUUUGGAGAUGGCGGCAGAAGGAGAGUUGAUUUGUACAGCAGAGAAUGCGACGAUGGCGAUAGAAGUCAUGUUGCAUGAGAGAAGACAGAGAGCGUAUACGGCAUUGCCGCCACCUAGAUACGAAUAA